AUGGCUUCGGAGCCUGAAAGGAUAUAUCCCGAUGCAGGGAACCCGGAUCACGAAAUAUCUCAAGUCAAAGAUAAAAUUGACCAUGACAAUGACGGAAAUACAGAACCAAAUGCAGAGAAUGAGGGAAAUCCUCCAUACAUUCGCGGCUGGCGAAUGUAUCUCUUGACUGCUGGUGGAGGAUUCCUCGUGAUAUACGCCAAGUUGGGAGAUGUAUUCGGCAGGAAGUCUAUGUUCCUACUGGCCUUGUCUUUAUUCACUGUCUUCUCGAUCCUUUGCGGUGCUACAAAUGACGUUGUGGAACUCAUUAUUUUCCGUGCCUUUCAAGGCAUGGGGGCAUCCGGCAUAUAUUCUAUGAUUAUGGUGAUAGCGCCGACCUUAGUUCCCUCGGAAAAAUUUGGGAAAUAUCUUGCGAUAAUAGCCUCCGUUUUUGCUAUCGCGAGUGUGCUCGGUCCCAUCCUUGGGGGAGCAAUCAGCAACAACUCCGCAUGGAGGUGGAUAUUUCUAUUGAACGCACCGGCGGGAUGCGUUUGCAUUGGGAUUGUGGCCUUAAUUUUGCCAUCAUCGAUUUCAUCCCAACCGGACGUGAAGUUCACAAAUCAUUUGCGGGCCAAGAUCUCCGGAGCGGCACUCAGAAGAGUAGACGUUGUUGGUGUGUUUCUACUCCUCGCAUCUUCUAUUCUGCUCGUUUUCGCCAUGGAGGAGGCUGGCACUCGCUAUUCCUGGAGUGACGCUGUUAUUAUAUCUACUUUCUGCGUUGGAGGUAUCGCUGGUAUUCUGUUUGUUUUCUGGGAAUUGUUUCUUGAAAAAUCGACUUCAUUACAGGAGCCUGUUUUCCCACUUCGACUUCUCAAGAGUAGGUUGUUGGCAGCUAUGAUGGCGUACUGUGAAUUAGGUGCUCAUGUUACGAAUAUUAGAAAAGCUAAUGAGGUUGAAACCGAUAGGAGUGGCAAUGGGGGCUCUCACACAAGUACGCGUUUUAGCCGGCACGAUAUCACUAGCAAUAUGCUCGACAAUCCUCAACAACUGUCUCAGACCAAAGAUGGCCUCCGUGAUCAGUCCCUCUCAACUUCGAGCCAUCUCUGA